UUCUCUACCACUGAUUAAAUACUUGUGCUGCGAGAACAAACAAAGUAUACAAAACUGAGAAAAUAGAUCUAGAUAUGGAAGGAGAAGUGCACAAUCUAAUACUAGAUUGGAGUAUAGCUUUGGCAUCUCUUCUCUAUUGCCAUGGCGUUGGGAUGUUCAUUGGUGAAGGUACAACUAGAUUCUUGGCGCUAUUUCCAGUCAUAUGUCUCUUCCUAUUUCUUCCCUUAAAUCUCCACACCAUGUUCUUCUGCGGUCUAACCUCUUUCUUCAUAUCAUGGCUUGGAAGCUUCAAGCUCAUGCUUUACGCCUUUGGUAAAGGUCCUUUAUGUUCGUAUCCACAUCUACCUAUAUCUCACUUCGUAUUUACGGCAUGCCUUCCAAUCAAGAUCAUAAGAAAUCGAGAAAAAGUAUCUAACCAGAUCACCAAGAACAAGAAAUCCCCUAAAGACUAUGUUCCAAGGGUUCUACUGUUUAUCGUUACACUUAAGGCGUACAGUUACAAAGACCGUUUUCACCCUUUACUAACCACAUCUCUAUAUGCAUACUAUCUCUUCUUCAUGCUUGAACUCUUGUUAGCCUUGACAGCUUCUUUAGCUCGAACAAUCGUUGGGGUUGAACUCGAGCCACAGUUUGAUGAGCCUCACCAUGCUACAUCGGUGCAAAACUUUUGGGGGAAAAGGUGGAACCUCAUGGCGUCUAGCAUACUACGCCCUACAGUCUACCAUCCUUCGCGUGUCAUCUUUAGCCAUCUGGUUCCUGAAAGAUGGGUAUCAGUGCCUGCAGUUUUUGCGACGUUUCUAGUGUCUGGAGUAGUGCAUGAGUUGAUCUUUUACCAUCUUGGGCGACUAAGGCCAACAGGGGAAUUCACCAGCUUCUUUGUAAUUCAAGGUGUUUGUGUUGGAAUCGAGAUUGUGAUCAAGAAAACCAUGGGACAGCGUUUACAACCAUCACCAGUUGUCGCUCGAACGUUAACUUUGUCAUUUGUGAUGAUUACUAGCUUUUGGCUGUUCUUCCCACCUUUCUUGCGAAUAGAUCCGUAUGCUAAGUCUUGUAGAGAGUUCAUGGCGUUUAUAGGGUUUCUUAAGAGUGGUCAAAUUCUUAGCCCCAAUGAGUAUGCAUGCCCUAUUAUGUGAAAGUGCCAAUAAUAACAUCAAUCGUGUAUUUGGUAGAUUUGUAUCUUAUAAUCAGUUAAUCGCACUUUAAAUGGUUUUUUUUUACUAAUUUACAAAGGUAAUGUAAUGUUACUGGGCGAUUCAAAUAUAAUAUUGAACUAUCCUUGAAUUA